AUGAAACCAAAAAAGAAAUACACCUCAGAUGUUCCUAUGAAGAAAGCCAACUGGGAAAAUAUCAAACCUAAUAUGCUUGAUAAAAGUUCAGUAUGGGUUCAGCUUCGAGAAGAUGAAUUGGAGUGUAGUGACCUGUUAAAAAGUUUCAAUGCUCAGUUUAGCACAAAACCGGCCAAAGUAAUGAUAACCGAUCCUACUUCAAAUGGAGCAUCAGUUGUUGAAACUGCACAAGGUAUUCAGUCGCGGAAAGCGAAGAAACUAAGAUAUUUGCAUGAUAAAGUGGCUCAAAACUUGUCUAUUCUUCUUGGUUCACUUAAAGUGCCAUAUGAUGAACUUCGUCGGCGUAUCUUGAGCGUAGAUGAGAGCUUAUUAGCUCCUAAUAUGGUAGAACAGUUAAUCAAAGCCUUAACAGAGCCAACUGUUAUUUCAAAAAUCUACACUCUCAAAGAUGAGUAUGACAGUUUGUCAGAACCCGAACAGUUUGUGUGCUAA